CCUCUUUUCUUGUCUUUGCAUCGCUCACAUCUAAUUCCAGAAAGCUCUCCCAUGGCUAUUGUGAGUGAAGAAGCCCUAGAUCUGUAUUGUCGUCAUCGAGAUGCCCUCUCAUAACCCACAACUCCCUCCUCCGCCACAGCCCACCAGAGUCUUCUUUGAUCCCUUCAACUCUUCAUCCACUGGCCACCAACGCGCAGAGAACCGGUUGUCUGGCAGCACAUCAUGGCGUGAAUCUCGCAACUACAAGCUCUCACAUCAGUUUCGAGACUCGUCCGGCGCUGGAGGUUCAAUGCACCUCUCUGAUCUUGUCGGUGCGGGCAGUGAAAACUAUGGCAAAGAUGGCAGGAAGGACAACGGGGACUGGGAGAAGGGUGCACCUGGAUUGAGGGAGGAAGGGUGGCAAGAUAUUCGGACACUGAUGACUGGAUGCCGCAAGAGAAGGGUCAACGAUGACUGCGACAGUAUGAAACGGGCAAAGAAGUUGGAAAAAGGUGACCAACACAACAGUCCCCACAACCUCCAUCAGGCGCACAGCAAAGACUCCAUCACAUCGUUGAAUAACAAACAUGACUUGAAGGUAGCGACGACCACAAUGACUUUGGACGACGACGACAAAUUUCAACUCAUAACAACUACACCUCCCAUCCCACCACCACCACCACCACAGAUCUUCCGAAACCUGACCUUCUAUUUAAACGGUUCCACCGCCCCCUUGGUAUCUGAUCAUAAGAUCAAACAGCUAUUUGUCCAGCACGGGGGCAACGCCUCUUUCGCCCUAGGUCGACGAACUGUUACCCAUGUGAUCUUGGGCAAUACGUGUGGGGGCGGCCUGGCAUCCGGAAAGCUCAACAAAGAGAUCACCACUAUUGGUGGUAAAGGGAUCAAAUACGUGACCGCCCAGUGGGUGUUGGACAGCGUCGCCAAGGGUAUACGACAGCCAGAGGCGAGAUAUGCGCCCAAAGCGCUUGAUGGCAGGAUCGGUGGGAGUCGGCAGGGGAGUGUCAGAAACAUGUUUGCACGCUCCGCCAAAUGACCAAAACGCCUAAUAUAAUUACGACCGUCACGAUAAUGACAUAUGCCUCGAUUCGCACCAAAGAGCCUAACCAAGAGGCCAGACGAAAAUACCUACCAACGAAUAGACAAGCCAGAGUGUGCAUCUGCACUAUGCGAAUAAUUGUAAUUCGGCAGAGUUUACUUGUUGUUGGUGCUGAGAUUAGGCCAUUCUGAAAUGCUUGUCAGUUUCCACGG